UGUCGGUGUCAGAAAGACAACUUCACCAUAUUUAGCUGGCUUGCCGAAGCCCCGCUGAGUUGAUCUGUCAACCAGACUGAACAUCUUUACACUUCACGGCGGACACGGCCCGGUUUUGACAGCUUUAUGUUAGCAACGGGAUACAAACUGUAGAAGACGACGUCCUUGGGAUAUAGUGCUUCGGGAACGGGGCUGUGUCAGCGGCUGUUUUAACGCGAUAAAAAGUAACGUUAGCCAUCGUCUGUCAGAAUUCCAACUGUCCAACAGCAGACCUAGCCAGGUAGCUUAUUACUGUAGCUACUCCGUCGCUCGCUGUGCCAUACAAACGAAUUUAUGUCGUCUCUGUUAUUGUUUUGUUAUCGGUAGGGAUUCAUUUGGACUCAGUGACCCCGCUGUGACCAUGUCCUGACAGCUCCUCUCCUUCGUUCCAGCCACUUUCCUAAGCCUGCCUAGCGAGCUAACUUGGCUAACGUUAACUAGCAGGCUUUCACUGCCACAGCGUCGUGUCGAGCAACCAGUAGCUUUCGCCGUGGCAGUGACAUCUGAUUGGAUACGUUUACCGUGUGCGAACGGCGGUGUGCUGGGGGUGUCGAAGACCCCCGGCCCGGCGAAACGACUGUACCCAGGGCCCCCCUUUUUUGACAGUCCGCAGAGAGAGAGGAGCUAGCAGAGACCAGGGCACUUGCCAUUCGGCGCUGCAGAGGCGGUGCACUGCCGAAGGAGACACCGGAUUGAACGGAGGAAGAGUCCCAAACGUUUGACACCUGUGAUCCGGGAAGUGAACCGGGCAGAGACCUCAUGAAUGGAAAUCGGAACUACAGGAGCCGUUGGGGCCCAGUCCCUGUUCUCCAUGCCACGGCGGCCUGCCUAUGGCACCAUGGGGAAGCCCAUCAAGCUGCUGGCCAACUGCUUCCAGGUGGAAAUCCCCAAGAUAGAUGUCUAUCUCUAUGAGGUGGACAUCAAGCCUGACAAGUGCCCACGGCGAGUCAACAGGGAGGUGGUUGACUCUAUGGUGCAGCAUUUUAAGGUGACAAUCUUUGGGGAUCGCAGGCCAGUAUAUGAUGGAAAGAAGAGCUUGUACACAGCCAACCCACUGCCUGUGGCACCUGCAGGGGUGGACCUGGAUGUCACUCUACCAGGUGAGGGAGGUAAAGAUCGGCCCUUCAAAGUUUCCAUCAAGUUUGUAUCUCUGGUCAGCUGGCACAUGCUACACGAGGUGCUCACUGGUCGCAGCAUGCCUGAGCCACUGGAGCUGGACAAGCCCAUCAGCACCAACCCUGUGCAUGCAGUGGAUGUGGUGCUGCGACACCUGCCCUCCAUGAAGUACACUCCAGUGGGUCGAUCCUUUUUCUCGGCUCCAGAAGACUAUGACCAUCCCCUGGGAGGUGGGAGGGAGGUUUGGUUUGGCUUCCAUCAAUCUGUGCGCCCUGCCAUGUGGAAGAUGAUGCUUAACAUUGAUGUGUCUGCCACCGCCUUCUACAAGGCCCAGCCAGUCAUCCAGUUCAUGUGUGAAGUGCUGGACAUCCACAACAUAGACGAGCAGCCCCGCCCUCUCACAGACUCACACCGGGUCAAAUUCACCAAAGAAAUCAAAGGUUUGAAGGUGGAGGUGACACACUGUGGAACCAUGCGGAGGAAGUACCGCGUCUGCAACGUGACCCGUCGGCCUGCCAGCCAUCAAACGUUCCCUCUACAGUUGGAAAAUGGCCAGACUGUAGAGCGUACCGUAGCACAGUACUUCAGGGAGAAGUACAACCUGCAGCUUAAGUACCCACAUUUGCCCUGUCUACAGGUGGGCCAGGAGCAAAAACACACCUACCUUCCCCUGGAGGUGUGUAACAUUGUAGCUGGUCAAAGGUGCAUAAAGAAACUGACAGAUAAUCAGACCUCCACUAUGAUCAAAGCCACAGCUCGCUCUGCACCUGACAGGCAGGAGGAGAUCAGCAGGCUGGUGCGCAGUGCCAACUACGAAGCAGAUCCUUUUGUACAGGAAUUCCAGUUCAAGGUGCGAGACGAGAUGGCCCACGUGACGGGGCGAGUGCUACCCGCCCCCAUGCUGCAGUACGGCGGCAGGGUGAGCACAGAGCACUUUAUGAACCGCACUGUAGCCACACCCAGCCAUGGGGUGUGGGACAUGAGGGGGAAGCAGUUCCACACCGGGGUGGAGAUCAAGAUGUGGGCCAUUGCCUGCUUUGCCACACAGAGGCAGUGUCGGGAAGAAAUCCUAAAGGGUUUCACAGACCAGUUGCGUAAAAUCUCUAAGGAUGCUGGGAUGCCCAUACAGGGCCAGCCAUGCUUCUGUAAAUAUGCCCAGGGAGCGGACAGCGUGGAGCCCAUGUUCAGACACCUAAAGAACACCUACGCUGGACUGCAACUCAUCAUCGUCAUUUUGCCGGGAAAGACUCCUGUCUAUGCGGAGGUAAAGCGUGUGGGAGACACCCUUUUGGGCAUGGCCACGCAGUGUGUUCAGGUGAAGAACGUGGUGAAGACGUCACCUCAGACGCUUUCCAACCUCUGUCUCAAGAUCAAUGUGAAGUUGGGAGGCAUCAACAACAUCCUGGUACCUCACCAACGACCAUCAGUGUUUCAGCAGCCAGUUAUUUUCUUGGGAGCAGAUGUUACACACCCACCUGCUGGAGAUGGGAAGAAGCCUUCAAUUGCAGCUGUGGUAGGCAGUAUGGACGCCCACCCCAGCAGGUACUGUGCCACUGUGCGGGUCCAGAGGCCCAGGCAAGAGGUUAUCCAGGACCUGGCCUCCAUGGUGCGGGAAUUGCUCAUUCAGUUCUACAAGUCAACCCGCUACAAGCCAACCAGGAUCAUUUUCUACAGGGAUGGAGUUUCAGAAGGCCAGUUCAGACAGGUGCUGUAUUAUGAGCUGCUGGCCAUUCGUGAGGCCUGUAUAAGCCUGGAGAAGGAGUACCAGCCAGGCAUCACCUACAUUGUUGUGCAAAAACGCCACCAUACACGCCUCUUCUGUGCUGACCGCAACGAGAGAGUUGGACGUAGUGGAAACAUUCCUGCUGGUACUACCGUGGAUACGGACAUCACGCAUCCCUACGAGUUUGACUUUUACCUCUGCAGUCACGCUGGAAUACAGGGCACCAGUCGGCCCUCCCACUACCAUGUACUGUGGGAUGACAAUUGUUUUACCGCUGAUGAGUUCCAGCUGCUCACUUACCAGUUGUGCCACACCUACGUGCGCUGUACCCGCUCAGUCUCCAUCCCUGCGCCAGCCUACUACGCACACCUGGUGGCCUUCCGUGCUCGCUACCAUCUGGUGGACAAAGAACAUGACAGCGCUGAGGGCAGUCAUGUGUCUGGUCAGAGUAACGGUCGGGACCCCCAGGCGCUGGCCAAAGCUGUUCAGAUUCACCACGACACCCUGAGGACCAUGUACUUCGCCUGAGCUACAACAACCCUCCCUAACCAUUGCCACUCUUAACACAUACAGAAGCAUACACAGACAGUCAAAGGAGUCCUCAUAUGUGCAAGUCCCGCCCCCAAUAUGCCUAGUCAAUCCGGACCUGACACUGUGCAGAGGAAAGAGGGGAGGAGGCACCCCACACUGGACUGAGGAUGCAAACGCUGCUUUAAAAACAAACAAGAGAGAAACUCAGCACUAUUAUGCAAUAUUAAACCAGCCAACUAGUAUAUUUUCACCCUUAUCGGGCCCUCUUUAUAUUGUCCCCAUCCCCCACCCCCACCCCGGAUUUCUUCUUCCCUGUUUGUCAUCUUUACUUGUGGCCUAGUGGGUGUUUUUCUAGUUUGUUUUUACUUUGCUUUACCCUUUGGCACAAUCGUUGUUUAUAGUCUACUAAUCUGCUCCUUUGCCAUCUACAGUACCUCAAGUCCGUAUGAGCAGCAGCACUUUUACAUUCUGUCAGUUUUACUGUAGUUUGUUGUUGAUUCUCUCCAGUGUUCAAAAUGAGGGAGUAGAGAUAGAAGGAUCUGAUGCUGGAGUUGAUAAGUGGUGUUUGAUUUAUUUUAGAAUAUAGUCAUUUCAUUUGACCGGAGGUCUUCCCAGCUGUCACUUUUUUUUCCUUGUUCCUCUUGUUUCCUGGGUUCUGUCACUUUUCACUCGUGUGUGAAACCACCAGUUACUUGUAUGGAGCAACAUGUUCUUUUGAGCACACUGCCACCUGAUGGCGACGAGGUAUAAAUGCCCCCUUACAAGGUUUUAGAUAGUUUCCAUUUAUCUUUUGCAGUCACCUGUCACAUUUAAACGGGCAGUUUAUAUUGGUUCAUAUAUCCGUUGCUCAAUUGCAGCCGUCUAUGAAUUUCAUUUUAAGUUUAACACUUAUUUAAUUCUGGUUUUUGUUUUUCUUCUACAUUAUGUGAACCAUUUUAUGAUUCUGACAGUUUUUUAAUCAUUUAAAUCAUGUAGUCGUCAUGCAUUCAUUUCCCUCAGUGCUUUAUCUCACAUUUCCCUCUCUUGACUUGGUGGGUAAAUAGAGAACACGUCGAUGGUUUCCUCUAGUGCAAUAAUCAGUUAAAAUGAAGGGAAGAAGAUUUUAGGGGACUUAAAACGACUCAAAAGAACAGUUACACAUUUCAUUUGAAAGUGAAUGUCCCCAAAAAGACAAAUGUUUGCCACUUGGUAGGCACUUUCAUGUAUUGCUCCUCUGUGAGACGAUUGUUCAGCAAACUUUUACGAGUUUGCCCUUGCUGUCGGGCAAAAAUGGUGCAACUGCAGUUUUGGCGAUUUAGACGUUUUUACUUGAAUUGAAGGAUGUUAUGCGCCUCUGUGGUUUGAGAAUACUUCAUCAUCAGUGGGCAUCAUUUCAUAAUCCCUGAUCAUCAGUUUGCUAAUGAGGCUGAUUUUCUCAAUUCGUAAGAAUAACGAAGCUUUUCACCUGACCGCAGAAAAGUGGAGUGUAAAGGCCAUAAAGAGGUAGUAUUCAAGUGCCUGGUUGAAGUUAUGUGUUGAAUGGUCAAACGCUGCAUAACUCAUUAUAGAGAUCCUAUUUCAGUGGGUCAAAUAAUAAAAAAGCAUAUUCCGACAAACGGACAGCACAAGAUGGUUUAAAGCAAGAAAGUUUCACCCGAUGCCUCUUAUUCUUCUCAACAAUGUCUACUGACUUUUCUAUACAUCUCCUUCAAAUCAUCCUAAGAUCAAUAUAUUUAUUGUGUUGGCCUAUACAGCAGUGUUAGCGGUUGACUUUGCUUCUGAGCAGCGUUCAAGCAAAGCAGGCUGAGUCGUUUAUUUAGCUUAAUCUUCACCAGACACGGAUCUAGCUGCUACAUUGUGUUUGUACCUAAAAGGCUGGGUUCAUGGGCAUGGAGUCACCCAUGUUAUAAACAAAUUCUUUCAAUGAAUUGUUUCUUUCAGUGGAAAUCCUAAGUCCAGGACUAGGUUUAAUUCCUGUCCAUGUAACCGGCCCAAAGUUGCGACUGGCUUCAGAACAAUUCUAAGGAGUUAAGAUGGUGACCAAUAUUUGCAGCAAAAGUACAGCUGAUAUCUUAUGUAAGGUGUAUCUGGAUUAGAGUCACCACUUAGCUCCGUGCCACUGAUGAACUGAAGCUUGUCCGGGGGGGGGGGGGGGUAUUUUUAAAAGUUAUCUGCACUAAAAGAAGCUGUGUUUCGUGAGUGAACACAGGCGUGGUGCUACUAUGUGUGAAUUAGAAUCAGAAGCUGAAUCUCUGUAUGAGACUUUAGAUGAGCAGGUUGGUAGGGUAGGAGGAAAAAAAACAUAUAGAGUAAACCUCACUCACUUAAGGACAGGAGAAGGUCCCACUGAGGUUGCUGGUGUGGGGAGCUCUAGAUUUAGGAUGUCACUUUGUAGUUGAUCAGCAUUGAGACGGUACGAUGGCAGACGUUCCUUUGGACAGUGAGGUAUAAUGUAGGGUCCUGCCUCCACUGUUGCGUUUAACUGCCCUUCAUAGCCUAGCUUUCCAGUGUGGAAGCCAGUGGGUUUGAGCCUUCAUGAUUUCACUAGUGUCUGAAAGCCUUUUUAAAAGCCAGAACGAAAGUAUAUUUGUACAUUUUAAAUUAUGUAAUGCACACCACUUAUUUUUUCUAACAGAAAUAACAUGUAUUCUAAAUAUUAAUCUUAGUAAUAAAUGUAUCAUAAUAAGUAAUGGUUUAAAAAGAUAAAAUAACAAAGUUUUAUUAUUGCAAUAGACUGUUGACUUGUUCCUGUGUCACUAUAACGUAUAGUGUAUGUGUGAACAGUGGUGGGGUUGUUGAACUAGUGACGUGUGUUUGGACUGUCAUACUGUUAUUGAUUGGGAUGUGGACUUAAACCGCCUAUUGCUUUGAUGUUUGGGGGGAAAAAAACGCUGCAAGAUGUUGAAUGCUUAUUUCUGUCCCUUUUUUUGUUUUUAUAGAUGUCUGUACAGUCUGAGGUUUACCGUAGAGGAGAGAAUCUUGAGAAAGAGAAAAUAUUUCAUACUGUACUCUGAAAGGCUUUCUAUUAAGACAUAACAUCACUAUUCUGAUGACAAACGGUAAAAUAGAAGAAGAGUCAGUUGUUGUUGUAUUGGGCAGUUUCUGCUCUUAAAUGUUCUCUGGUUUUCUUCAAGUGGUGCUGAUGCCUCAUGUGUGAUCAAACAGUAUCCUAACAAGGGGUAGUAGUUCUCCAAUCCUUUGUGUUUAAAGUCCCGGAUUUAUGUUGAAUACAACCUCUGUUGCUUUCCUCAGACUCCUCUCCUCCUUACUUGAGCACCUUCAUCUGCUCACAAAUACAAAGAGUUAGCGUCCCGGUAAAUCUGCGGUGUGACAAAGCCUCUAAUCUUAUUGUUGCCCUCUUUCCCCUUUGCUCCUGAACAUUUACUCCUCUGUGCCAGAGGACUACAUUCCACAGCCGUACAGUCCCAUCCGAUCCCCCUGGGAGGCAUACGAAUGACUAGAGCUGAAGGAUAAUAGUGAGGUCCAGUCAGUGAGAUAUAGUGUGGUGUUAUUCAAGUAUGUGUGAUUUGGAAGGAAUCGAAGCUGAGCAAUUAUCUUUAUGCGGCAGGGUAUGUUGGAAGUUGAACAAGUCUGGAGGUUGAUUGCAAGACUUAGAAUCCAUUAAUAACUCACUAUAUCUGCUGUCUGUAAUGGAUGCUCAGUUUGUGUAUAAGUACACUCUUGAGGGCAGUUGAACACAUGUUUACAUAGCAGAUGUGUUUGCCUUGCUUACAACUGAAAUGUCAUCAGCUCCGCUUUGCAAAUAUUAGCUAGUAGAGAAGUGACCUGAGUGACAGUGUAACAUGAGCAAGACCAUUUGGGGCCCGUGGAAGUGAACGCCUGAAGGGAUACGUGAUUAAGACAUUAUUUAUUUGGUCAGUUUUUCCUCAACGGACAAUUGUGUUACACCACAGGGGAAUAGAUUUGUUUGUCCUUCCAGUUCUAUUAAAAUGACUUAACUGAAAUAAAAGGGUACAUGCAGCUCACAGCCUGCAGCUCAGUGAUUCCGAACAAUACAACAAAACAGACGAGUCUUUUUGUGGAAGAACAAACUUCUUACCCACAAACUCUGUCUGGUGAAGAAAAGUAACGAAAUGAAUUUAUAAAAAUGUCAGUCUCCCUUUUUUAAAUGGAAGUAAAUGUGUAUUCCAUUUUAAGUAAUCGAUCAAUUUCCCUGAUUUUGGUUGCUCUCUAUUUGAAGUGGAAGGUAGCAACGGAGUGAGAAAAGUCCACAGAAAGUGCCUUUCCUUUUGAUGGUGCUUUAAAUUGAAAGAUAAAAUGUAAAAAUCAAAACAAGUAGAAUCUCCUUUUCAAGAACACAUUGCAAGGCAGGAAGUGGCUGCAUUUACACACACACACUCACUGUACACAUUUGAUUUUUAGUUUCAUGUAUUUAGAUAUUAGACCUACAUAGAAAUAGGAUAUAUGCCAAGUAUAUGGUUGUGGUUGAGCUUUCGCUUCCUAGUGCAUUUACUGUCUUGGACCAAUGGUGUCGUUGGUACAGUGGAAUGUGCGUUUGGGUGGGGUGGGGUUGUUGGGGGUCUUAGCUGACACUGUGUGAUGUGACACAGCCCAGUCCACGAAUGACAAACAUAGCACAGCACUUUAGAGACUGCCACUCUCACUCAGACACAUAGCCAAGAGGUUUUCGAUCUGUCCCUCCAGUCCCCUUCUUCCUCCUGAACAGGAGAAGGAGAGGAUCCAAACCUCAGUGUAAACGAGGAGUCGAAGGGAUGUGUGUUACCAAACAAAGCAGUCGGUCGUUAAGUGUGCCUCAUGCUCUCGUGACUUUGUUGGUGGCUCUGUUGAGUCAGCCUGCUCUCAGGUGGUGGUUUUCCUUCUGGAACUGCCACUCGACACUUUGUUACAGCUAGGGCUGGGUGUCAGAACAUGAUAUCAAUACCUCCCCAGAUUUUGGCAUUAACAUUUUAAGGCAUCCCAAACUGUUUUUACAAUAGCAGAUUCUUGCACUAAGGAGUCAGUGUUUUCUUCUUGAAGGGCAUUUUAAGUAAAUCAACAAAACAUUACAUUUAGCUGACACUUUUAUCCAAAGCGACUUACAAUUGCUAUACAUGUCAGAGGUCGCACGCCUCUGGAGCAACUAGGGGUUAAGUGUCUUGCUCAGGGACACAAUGGUGGAUGAGUCACAGUGGGGGAUUGAACCCCGGUCUCUCACACCAAAGGCAUGUGUCUUAUCCAUUGUGCCAUUGCCACCCCAAAGUCAGAUCUAAAACUUCUUGAAAAUGCAGGAAGACAAAGCAUGAAUGAAAAUAUUUUAGUCUUUUGCACAGUGAAGGAUGCUUUCAUUCAAGUGUCAUUUCACAACAGGUAUAGAGAUGAAAUUCACAAGAACCCAUAUCAGUAUUGAAAUUGUUCUCAUGAUGCCCAGCCCUAGUAGCAGCCCAUGGCGCUCUUUCCUCUUAGUGCAAUGUGUCAUGUCCCUGAUGGAGGGAAUUUGUGCCCAGCAGUAUCCUUGUCUUGAGCCUUUAUAGGGUGCCGAUUGACAACCAAGGGCGGUCUGUAGUUCUGUGGGUACCUUUUCAGUCCAGGGGGUGAAAUCUUUCUAUUUCAAGAGAUCUCUAAAAACACUGCACCUCACUUACCUUGGUAUGCUGCAUAUGUUAUACUACAUGAAAGAAAGAAAGAAAACUGCAAAUUGCUUUUAUUAUGACAUAUAAUGCUUGAGUAAUGCCUGAUUGCGAUAUUCUUAUACAGUAACUAUUUUAGAGUCAAUAAGUAUAACUGUAAAAAAAAUAUUCUCUGUUUUGUCUUAACAUUUAUCCAAUUUUGAAAAAUUGCUCUUGAGCCGACUUUUGUUUUGUUGUCCUAUUUAAAUGUGUCGUUCUUUAAAUUUAUAUAUGAAAUAUAUAUAUGCGGAAUAUUUUAUGGUGUAUUUAUUGAGAGUGUGCGUUCAAGCGGCUGGAGUCUCCGCAUCAUAUUGCAGCAUGGUGGGGGCGGAGCCAGGAGCAUGAGGCCUCUAGCCCCUCCCCCUCCAUGUUGACGCCUUAUUCUCCUAGACAUGCAAGCACAACAAUAUGGAGGGGGGUGCGCGGUAGAGGAAGGGGGAUGAGGUGGAUUUGACCUGAAGAUACAGAGUUGUAUAUCAGGUUGUGGUUGAUAUUUACACGUCAACUGUCCCUUCUCAUUUUCUUAAUACUCAUAUUUACCUCCACUCUUCUUUUACCACCUGAGAAGGCCGAAUGCCAACCCCCACAUGUUGCAGCUCAUCUCUGACGAAGGGAACCAUUUCUGAACCACACUGACUUGAGAGUCGAAUAGCUGACUUUUAUUCAUCCCAAGCUGCUAAUUGGUACGUUAGCCAUGUAAAUUUCCCAAGCCGGUAAAGGGCAGGUGGGAGAGCGUAAAAUCAAAAAGCGCCGUGGGAAAGCAAGGAAAGAUGUCGUAUUAACAGAACUCUUUGAUCAUGGUGAAAUUUUGGCGUAGGCGUUGCUUCAUUUCUCUUAAAUUGUCUUCUUGUGCCAGAACAUUUUACAGCAGGAACAGGUCUCAUUCCACAAGAAAAGACAUGCCUCAGCCUUAAGUGCGUUCUUAUAUAAUGGUCAGACUUUUAGGUGACUUUGCCAUGCCUGUGUCGGGUGGCCUACCAAGAAAACAAGCCUACAUACUUGAUCUGCCCUGAUUUCCCAACCGGCAUCCUCAUCUCUUCUCAUUUCUCAUAUAAACCACUAACAUUGCUACCAAACUUAGUGAACUCUGAUUUACCAACAAGUGUAAGCGUUCAAAAAUUGCUCUGUCCCGCUUGUACUGAUGUCGGAACAGAAGCCAGGUCUCUGUGUCGAACGACAUUUGGAAUCAGUUCUUGGUGUUUGUUUUCACCAGAUGAGCAGUGCUUACUGCCUCAGGACAAUUCAGAUAUCAUCAUAUAAAUUCCUAAUGACAUGAAAACAUAUGAUUAUUUGACUUUUAUACACUUCCUUGUGUUUGUGUAAACUUUCUGGUUGUCAUUGAUGUCAAAUCCAAAGAACAGUAUUUUCAGAUACAGUUUGACCCUGGGCCUGACAGAAACUAGGAGGUUCCUCAGAGUGCUGGAUUACAGAGAACUGUGCCUGUAUAAUGAACCAAGGAUGAAUUGUGUUGUGAUGAAUUGCUGUUCUUUUCUUAUUUUCUGUUUUUAUGGUGGUUGUCCCUCACCCCACCGGAGGAUCAGCGACAUGGAGCUUUUGAGUAUUAUCCAUCACGUUCCAAACUUUAUAAGCCAUCUGUCCUUAUUUUAAUAAUUUCAGUUGAAUACAUGUUUCCUGUGAUGUUUACUUCCAUGGCUAUCAGAUGUUUAACCUGUUUUCAUCCCAUUUGCAUUCCAAUAAUGACUGAACCAAAUAUUGCAAUAGAGAUUAGGCUCCAGAUGCCGUUUUUCCCUUGUAUACACAUAGUGGUUUUGAAGACAGAUCUUUGACAGUGGCCAUGGAUUUAAAAAAAAAAAUCUGUGUUCACUGAUUGUUCUGAUUGUCAUGAUUUUGUCAAUGUAGCAUCACCCUCUUGUCAGUUUUGAUUCAAACUAACUAGAUCUUGGGCUCUGAUACCUCUGAGUGAGGCACCAGCAAACGGAUGUACACAUUGAACAGUGAACUGUCACCACCAGAUGAUACAUGUCUAAGCCUCUCUGAAUGUUGCAAAGGCUCUGUUGUAACAACAGCUCUAUUCCUUUCAGUUUUAAAUGUCUUUCUUAUGUUACUCUCUCUUAUAGGUUGUUGGCCUUUUAGUGUUGCUUUGCUUCAGUUUGAAGUGUAUCUUUGACUAAUACUUGCAAUAAAAUGCUUUGCUUUA